AUGGGGACUACGGGUGAUGACAUGGCUUUGGUAGAACAGAAUGCCUCCUUGAACCCUCUGUGCUUCGAGUGUGGCCAGCAGCACUGGACAAGGGAGAACCACCUCUACAACUACCAGAACGAAGUGGACGAUGACUUGGUCUGCCACAUUUGCCUUCAGCCCUUGUUGCAGCCAUUGGACACUCCCUGUGGACACACUUUCUGCUACAAGUGCCUAAGGAACUUUCUGCAGGAGAAGGAUUUCUGCCCGCUGGAUCGAAAAAGACUCCAUUUUCAACUCUGCAAAAAAUCCAGCAUUCUCGUUCAUAAACUAUUAGACAAGCUAUUUGUUUUGUGCCCCUUCUCUUCAGUGUGUCAGGAAGUCAUGCAACGAUGUGACCUGGCAGCACAUCUCAAAAACAGGUGUCCUGGGGCUUCUCAUCGAAGGGUUGCUCUGGAGAGAAGGAAAACAAGCAAGCUGCAAGCAGAAGCGGAGGGCGAGACCGUUCCCGGUGGGAUGGAGCAGCCCAGCAGUUUAUCUUCAGAUGCAGAUCAGGGAAUAGCGCCAGCCGAGCAGAACUUCAGCUCACCCGCCCUCCCUGCAUGGACAGACGAGCCCGGCAUCGACAAUCCGCCUUUCGAGGAGAACACAGUAGCAGACACAAAUCAACAGCCACCUACCUUGCCUGAAGGAGAGAUCACUACUAUUGAAAUUCAUCGGUCCAAUCCUUAUAUCGAAUUAGGAAUUAGCAUAGUGGGUGGCAAUGAAACGCCUUUGAUCAACAUUGUCAUUCAGGAGGUUUACCGAGAUGGGAUCAUUGCCAGAGAUGGAAGACUGCUUGCUGGAGACCAAAUACUUCAAGUCAAUAGCUUCGACAUAAGCAACGUGUCUCACAACCACGCUCGGGCGGUGCUUUCCCAGCCGUGCUCGGUGCUGCACCUCACUGUGCUGAGGGAGAGGCGUUUCGGCAGCCGCACGCGCAACCACCCGGAGCCCAGCGGCUCCCUGCGCGAGGACAGCUUCCAAGUCACGCUGCACAAACGUGACUCCAGUGAGCAGCUCGGCAUUAAGCUCGUACGCAGAACGGACGAGCCAGGAGUUUUUAUUCUCGACCUUUUGGAAGGGGGUUUGGCUGCUCAAGACGGCAGGCUCUGCAGCAACGACCGUGUACUCGCAAUUAAUGGACAUGACCUGAAGCACGGGACACCCGAACUUGCUGCUCAGGUUAUACAGGCUAGUGGAGAGAGAGUGAAUUUGAUCAUCUCUAGACCCCUGAAGUCGCAGACGGUCAGUAUUAUCCGAGACACGGGGAAUCACAACAGCAGCUCACACCAACAUCAGACCCAGCAGCUCUUUCACAGCAGACCCAACUCACACAAGGAUCUCUCCCAGUGUGUUACAUGCCAAGAAAAGCACAUUACUGUGAAAAAAGAGCCACAUGAAUCUCUGGGAAUGACGGUGGCAGGAGGCAGAGGCAGCAAAAGUGGCGAACUGCCCAUCUUCGUGACAAGUGUACAGCCCCACGGGUGUUUGGCAAGAGACGGCAGGAUUAAACGAGGUGAUGUGCUGCUGAACAUCAAUGGCAUCGAUUUGACAAACCUAAGUCACAGCGAGGCAGUGGCCAUGCUGAAAGCUAGUGCGGCCUCUUCUGUAGUUGCCCUGAAAGCCCUCGAAGUCCAGAUUGUAGAAGAACAGCCCCAGGUUAACGAAGACCAAUUGAGUACCAUCAGUGAAAAUGAGUACGAUGCCAGCUGGUCACCGUCGUGGGUCAUGUGGCUGGGACUUCCAAGCUGCCUACAUAGCUGCCAUGACGUAGUCCUGCGGCGGAGCAAUUUAGGGAGCUGGGGCUUCAGCAUUGUCGGUGGCUACGAGGAGAACCACACGAACCAGCCUUUCUUCAUUAAAACAAUUGUUCUUGGAACUCCUGCGUACUUUGAUGGGAGAUUAAAGUGCGGUGAUAUGAUUGUUGCUGUAAACGGACUGUCCACGGUUGGAAUGAGCCAUUCUGCACUCGUUCCCAUGCUGAAGGAGCAGAGGAACAAAGUAACUUUAACCGUGAUUUGCUGGCCUGGAAGCCUCAUAUAGAUUUGUGAAUCUUUUCGGUUCAAGCAGCGUCUUUUUCUAGAGAGCUAGCACAAAAAUCACCUCUGUCUUCUUUUUCCUAUUGAUACAGCUGGUUAUAAGCAGGGCCAAAACUGCUGUAUUUUCUUUUUUUUUCCUUACGGGCCUCUCAGACUUACUCUAUAUAUCUUUCCAUCCUGAAAUAGCCAUUUCUGUCUGUUAUAUCCAUCGCUGACACAAAUGCAAAUAUACACGAGCUCACA